GCCGGGUGCACUGAGUGGGUGCAGUGCCCCGUGCGGGGUUUUGUGGCCCCGUCAGGCCGUGAGGGGCUGGGCGGGCCUGAGGCGCGGUGUCACCGCCCUGGCCCGAAUGCAGGAGCGGCUUGGAGCCGGGGCGCCUCUCCCCGCGGAUCGCCCCGAUCCCCGUCCCAGGAGGCUCCGCCGGCACCGCGGCAUUCCCGAGGGAGCGGCUCCUUCCCGGGUUUGUGCCCGGCGGCACGGGCGGCCUGGGAGCUGCACGGGAGAUCUGCCGUGGAGAGGAAUCACCGCGCACUAAACACAGCGUCCAGCACACGGUACAGCCCAGGACUGUAAACAUCUCCCACUGCAUCCUUCAAAAUGGUUAAAGGACUCCGGGCUCGCUGUGUCCCAGCCCGGCUCAGAGCCUGCUCCCUGGCCCCGCACUGCAGUAACUGCACCAGAAUGCUGCACCACGGAGAGACACAGAGCCGCUCGUAGGACUGAUGGGGAAUCUGCUCAGGAAAUGUCAACACUCUCCCUCUGUUUCCUCCCUGCUGCAAGGAUCCCAGGUGAACUCAGCCAGCAUCAGCAGUUGGGUGCUUGGAGAAGGAAGGUGGGCUGGGGUCCCACAUGGUCAGCAAUUGUUCAGGAAACUUUCUGGCCAUCCAUCCAUCCAUCCAUCCAUCCAUCCAUCCAUCCACCCCAGAGUCCCUCUGGCAGUCACAUUCCUGCCCCUCCAGACUGGCACUGCUGGGACUGAAGCCCCUUCACAGCAGCAGCUCCAGAGAUUCCUCAACAGGAAUUCCUCCCUUGAUUUUAAUGGGGCAUUCCUGCUAAAAUACUCAAAGGGAAAACUGUCACUGCCCUGACACACAUUAUUAUUGCAGGUACCAAACAACAAAAUUAAGGUCAACAGAGUUGCCAUAGGCCAGAAAGGAUUACCAAUAUAAAAUCACAAAAAAGAGUUGAUCCCUAUGUAUUAACAUACUGGGUCAGUCACCUGGUGCUGGCAGUUGGAUGUUUGGAGAAGGAAGGUGACCUGGGGUCCCAUCUGGGUCAGAAACUGUUCAGGAAACUUCCCUGCCAUCCAUCCUGGAGCUGCUCUGGCAGCGGCACUCCCACCCCAGACUGGCACCGGGGCCAAGGGGCCCUGUUGGCUCCCCACACCCCAUCCCACAGCUGCCCCUGGUUUCCUCUCCAGCUCAGCCCCAGGGCUCCCAGAGAGCAAUGCCAGGCUCUGCUUCCUUUAAGGAAUCUUAUCGUGCUGCAGCAGCUCAGUAACAGCUUGAGAUGGAGCCUCUGGAGAGGGACCCCACAAAGAACCUCCCAGGUUUCCAUCCCCUCCUGGCAGUGGGGUUUUCCUGCCGAGCCAUCCUCUCCUGCUGUGUCCUAGUGUCCCCUGUUACCAGCCUGGCACUGCAGGGCCCUGGCCCUUUGGGUCAGUGCCAGCUCCUGGCCCCGUGCUGGGGGCUCUGGCCAUUUUCCCUACAGAGCUCACCCUGCAGCCCCCAGGGCAGCUGCCCCGCCAGCUUUCUGCACUAAUGUACUCCUCAACACGAGGGACUCAUUACACACCCCAAACUGUGACAGAGCAACAUCCCCAGACACCCAAAUCCUGCCCCACUUUUGGGGGGCUGCACCCCCAGCCCAGAGCUGGCUCUGCUGCUGCUGCUGGGUCCGGAGAGAUGGGCUGGUGGGGACACUGCAGGGGACACACACCCCGGGGGUGGCUCCAUCCCUCCCCUCCCUAAUCCACAGCUGCACCCUCUGCCUGCAGCUUCAUCCCCUUCAAAACGCAGCCCACGGUGCCACAGGACACCCUCAUCCCCGAGCCGGGGGACACGGCUGUGAGGCCUGGGGAGGAGCUGCAGCCAAAGGGCUGUGGGCAGUGGCCCCCUGUCCUGGGAGAGGCUGGGCUGGUGACCAGGGUGUCCCUGGGUGGCACCGGGGCUCCGCAGUCCCUCACUGACACAGACAGUGGCUCAAGGCCACCCUCAGUGUGUUCACAAAGGUGACACGAAGCUGCGGUGCAGGUGACAUCCAGGGGGACCUAGACAAGCUCGAGAAGUGGGACCAAGAGAACACGGUGAAGCUCAAUAAAGCCAAGGGAAGGGGCUGCACGUGCCCAGGGACAGUCCCAGGCACCAGCACAGAGUGGGAGAAGAGCUGAGAGCUCCCUGCAGAGAACUGGGGGGUUCCGGUGGGGGAAAAGCUGCACCCGAGCCAACAGCGAGCGCUAAACACUCCUGGGCUGCAGCAGCAGGAGUGGCCAGAGGAGGGUGAGAGGGGAACGCUGCCCCUGCGGAGCUGUAACCAGAUCUCCUCUCGGGGUCCCUCCAGCCCAAACCCCUCAGUGACGCGUGGGCCCACGGUAAUGAAUCCCCGGGGGCUCCGUUGUUCCCAGCACGGCUCCAUGGCCACCAGCACAGUCACAACGUUCCAGGGCUGCCAGGCACCGGCGGAGCCCGGGUGACAACGGCCGGGCCGUCGCUGGCCCCGCUCCGCUCGCUGCUCCGCGCCCGGCGCAGGCGGAGGCCGCUCUCGGUGCCCGAGGCUGAGCCUCGAGCCUCGCACGGCGAUGUCGGGGGACGCGCUGGCCGGAGCACAAGAGGACCCGGAUCAGUGGAUCGGGAGCGCUGUCCCCGAGCAGCCCGAAGCCCCAGCCCCAGGUGCCUGUUGGGGGGCAGAGCCCCCGCCCCAGGAGGGCUCCGUGACCGUGGUGCUGCGUGUGAGGCCCCCCAACCCCCGGGAGCGAGCUGCAGCCGCCAUCCUGCACGUCCUGAGCGAGCACGCGGUGCUGUUCAGCUCCGAGGAGCCCGGCGGCCCCGGAGGCACCGGAGGCACCACACCGCCCGGCCGCAGCCCCCGCCGCCGCCGCAGGAACCUCGAGUUCGAGUUCGACCGCGUUUUUGACGAGAGGGCCACGCAGGAGGAGGUGUUCCAGCACACCACGCUGCCUCUGCUGGACACCCUCCUCGCUGGCUACAACUGCUCCGUGUUUGCCUACGGUGCUUCAGGGGUUGGGAAGACCCACACCAUGAUGGGCUCCAAGAGCACUCCUGGCAUUGUGCACCUGGCCACGGUGGAGCUCUACAAGAGGCUCGAGGCCAUGAAGGACAAGAGCUGGGAGGUCCUGGUCUCCUACCUGCAGGUGUACAAAGAGCGUGUCUACGACCUGCUGAAACCCCAGGGUCCUCUGAACGUCUGGGAGCAGCCUGGGAAAGGAGCCGUGGCACAGGGCCUCUCCUUCCACCAGCCCACCUCUCCAGAGCAGCUCCUGGACAUGUUGGCCAAAGGCAACAAAAACCGGGCACAGCGUGCCACCAAGGCCAACGCCGCCUCCUCCCGCUCCCACGCCAUCUUCCAGAUCCAGGUGAAGCAGCGGGACCCCGGCGGGGACCUGCGGGUGGCCAAGCUCAGCUUCAUCGACCUGGCGGGCUCGGAGCGGGCCUGGGAAACGCCGGGCCGGGGAGAGGGGCUGUGGGAGGGCACCAGCAUCAACCGCUCGCUGCUGGCCUUCAAAAGCGUCGUCCGUGCUCUGGCCGGAGCCAAGGGCGGGCAGAGCCACGUGCCGUUCCGGGACAGCAAGCUGACGCUGCUGCUGAAGGACUCGCUGGUCGGCAGCUUCCGCAGCACCGUGAUCGCGGCCGUGAGCCCCGCGGCGCCCGCCGGCCCCGACACCUACAGCACGCUGCGCUUCGCCAGCCGGGCCAGGCACAUCCUGCUGCCGUCCUCGCAGGACACCGGGACGUCUCCCUGCAGCUCCAGAACAGACUCCCUGCCCGAUCUGCAGCUCCAGGCCAGGACACCAAGUCCCCUUCAGCAGGACCUGCAGGACCAGCAGCAGAACCUCUGCCCUGAUGAAAUUACUGUGAAGACAAAGGAAGUGGAGGAGCCCAAAGGGCUGAAGGAGUCCAGAGAGCUGGAGGAGCCCAAAGGGCUGGAGAAGCCCAGAGGGAUGGAGGAGCCCAAGGGGCUGGAGGAGUCCACAGGGCUGGAGGAAGCCAGAGGAAUGGAGGAGUCCACAGGGCUGGAGGAAGCCAGAGGAAUGGAGGAGUUCACAGGGCUGGAGGAAGCCAGAGGAAUGGAGGAGUUCACAGGGCUGGAGGAAGCCAGAGGAAUGGAGGAGUUCACAGGGCUGGAGGAGUUCACAGGGCUGGAGGAGUUCAUAGGCCUGGAGGAGUUUAUAGGGCUGGAGGAAUUCAUAGGGCUGGAGGAGUCCACAGGGCUGGAGGAACCCACAGGGAUGGAGGAGUUCAUAGGGCUGGCGGAGUUCAUAGGGCUGGAGGAGCCCAAAGGGAUGGAGGAGCCCAAAGGGAUGGAGGAGCCCAAAAGGAUGGAGGAACCCACAGGGAUGGAGGAGUGCAUAGGGCUGGCAGAGUUCAUAGGGCUGGAGGAGCCCACAGGGCUGGAGGACUCCACAAGGCUGGAGGAGUUCAUAGGGCUGGAGGAGUCCACAGGGCUGGAGGAAGCUGCACCUUCCCGUAGCCCCGCAGAGCCCAGCAAGGUUGCUCCAACCCCAGGAAUGCAGCUGAGCUGUGCAGCCGAGGCUCCUGUCGCCAUGCCAGAUCCCCCUGUGCCCAGCACCGACCGGGAACGCUCCCAGGAGCUCUCUCCGUGCUCCAGUCCCAAGCCGAUAUCUCUCUGGCCGGUUAAGAGGAUGCUCGACUCGAGCAGCGAUUCCCAACCAGAAAAUUCCCGCAGCUUCCGAACACGGAGGAAGCGCCAGCGGAGCUGCGGGAAGGCAGCAGAGACUCCCCGGGCAGCGCAGAGCCCCGGGCAGAGCUCCUCCGAGUCCCCGCAGCCGCGCUGUGCCAGCCGCCAGCCCUCCCGGCCGGGCACCCAAAGCCCUGGCACCCCUUCACCAGCGGCUGCACGGACCCGCAGCCCCCGGCCCGGGCCGGCUCCAGAGCCGCUUCCCCCCAGCGCCGAGCAGCAGCCAGAGCUCCGGGCAGCCCUCCCGCGCCCUCCCCCCCGCACCUCGCCCGGCGUCCCAACCCUGAAGUGCCGCUCCCCCGUGCCCCGCUCCUCCGGCAGCCCCGCCAGCCUCCCCUCCUGCCCCGCGGUGCCCUUCUGGCCGUGGUUCCAGCUGCGCGCCCGCGUCUGUGCCCCCUCUGUUGGCUCCGUCCUGUACGUGUGUUUGCAGGUUAUGGGUGGGUUUAGGAAUUAAGGUACUGUGUUUUUAAUAAAUUGUUCUGUCCCAAAUCCAAGGGCCAACACGUGGCUGUUCUCUCCUGCCUCCCCCUCGUGUGGGG